GGCCCGCGAGACGGCGGCGGGGGAGACGGUGUUCCGAGCGUUUGGUUUGCCAGUGGACCAUAGUACAGACCGGUACCUCCGCGCGCAUAGUAGCAGUGCCUAACCAGCGAGCACGGCGGACGACGGUCGUGACGCACCAUCGGUAGACCAUAUAGAGAGCUUGCGAUCGCGCCGGUGUGUGUAAAAACGGUUGUGUGUGCGUGUGCGGUGUUUGUGCUUCGAUUGACUUAUCGUAAUUUUUUUUUUCUCACCCGGUUUGCUUCUCCGCACCCGUGCGCAUCGACGUUCCAGCCCUUCGGACCACUCGACCGGAUUUCGAAUAUUAAUUCCGUACGAAUUAAACAAUAAUAUUAUAAUAUCAUUAUUGAAUAUAUUAAUUUAUCGUCAACAUAAUCGUCAUUCUUAUUAUUAUUCAUAAAUCGUCGAUUUCGCCGUGUCGCGCCGUCAACACGAUAAUAAUAUCAUAGUAUACAAUAUGUAUCAUUAACCGUUUAUAUGACGUGUGGUGUUCGUCAGUUGUAUACAAUAAUAUAAUAUUAUUAUCACCCUCGUCGCCACGACCGAUUUCGUGAGCGUAUCCGUCGAGAGUGUGCGUUUGCGUAAUCAUCAGCUAUAACUCCAGCUUCGGAACACAGGACCUACCCCGGAACGCGCUUCGACACACUGCUUUUGACGAGGUGAAUGACACCGUGGAAGGGAUUAUGAUUGGGAUGGAGCUGGGUUUGGGGCACCAUGGGGGCUCCUUGCACCCUCAUAAUAUGCCACAACAUCAGAUGCACUCGCAAGGUCUUAUGCAUCAGACACAACAGCAGAUGCACCACGACGAUGUGGGAUCGGGAAACAUUAGCAGCAGUAGCAGCGUCAACGGUUUUUCACAAGAAGGUCACGGUGGUGUAAAUCAACUGGGCGGAGUGUUCGUAAACGGCCGACCGUUACCGGACCUGGUCAGGCAAAGGAUAGUCGAACUGGCUCACAACGGGACCCGACCGUGCGACAUAUCCAGGCAGCUCAGAGUUUCUCACGGAUGCGUUUCGAAAAUCUUGUCCAGGUACUACGAAACUGGAAGUUUCAAAGCUGGAGUAAUCGGAGGUAGCAAACCAAAAGUAGCUACUGCGCCUGUUGUAGAUUCCAUAGCGAACUACAAACGAGAGAAUCCUACUAUGUUUGCUUGGGAAAUCCGGGACAGACUGUUGGCAGAAGGCGUUUGUACACAAGACAACGUACCCAGCGUUUCGUCAAUCAAUCGGAUCGUCCGAAACAAGGCGGCUGAGAAGGCGAAACAUGUGCACAACCAGCAGCAGAGCCUGCACCACCAGCAGAACAGCAACAGCAACGGUAGCACGGGUGUUCCACCGAGUCAACAACAUCAUCAGCAGCAACAGCAACAGCAGCAACAGCAACAACAGCAACAGCAGCAACAAGGUCCCGGUCCUGUGUCGGUGAUCGCCCACGCGCCGGCCCCGCAACAGUCGGCCGGAGGUGGCGGCCACCUCCACGACCGGUACAGCAUAAACGGCAUACUCGGUAUACCGCAACACGACCCCAACGGUAACGUGACCACGGCCAAGCGGAAACGAGAUCUGGACCAUCAUCACCAUCACCAGCAACACCAGAAUCACCAUCACACGGACGAAAACCGAGACCUGAACGGCCACGCGGACCACCAGCAGCAAAUCAAGAGGGAACGAUCUCAAGUGCACUACAACGGCGACGCGUCGCUGUAUUCAAAUGUAUCUCUUUGGCCCGGAAAGUGGUGUUUGAAAGACGAACACAAAUUGUUCUCGGAACUGAACGCGGCGGGCGUCACGUCCGGCGGCGGCACGUCACCGUUCUACGACGCCAAUCAGACGGCGUUCUCGGCGACACCACUGUCGGCCGACCUGUAUGAGAGCAUGCAGGCCCAACCGCCACAGCAACAGGCCCAGAACGCGACACCUGUCUACACGCCGCCCGUGCCCACCACGCUCGUAGGCGGAGUCACUCCCCUUGCCCCGUUAACGAUGCAAGAGAUCCAAAAGAUGAGUCCUAGUACCGUUUUAGAUCAUACCCAUCUGUCACCCGUACAGUACCACACAGAUAGCGGUACCGCCCCUGGUGGGUUUAGUAACGGCGGCAGUGGUGGCGGUGCCGGACCUCAGCAGUCCGGCGGCGUCUCCCUGUCGCUGUCAGCGGCUGACGUCACGCCCGCCGGAUCGCCCGACCCGUCGAGCUUGACCGUGUUGCAACCGGCCAACAACAACCAGAACAACGGUACGGUGUACGCGGCAUCGGCGCCCACCAUGUUACCGGGUUUCACCACACACUACGCCACGGCAGGCGCCGGCACCGAAUACGCGUCGUACACGAGCUCGCCCUACAACCAGUACGCGUCGUCCCCAUAUGCCGGUUACAGUUACAACCCUACAGGCACCAGCGGUCUUCUCAAUCACCGUUACUACUACAACAACAGCAACGGCCACAAUAACAACGCUCACGAGAUCUGCGGCAACGAGACGGGCAGCAGCGCCAGCAUGGCAGCCAGAUCGCCGGUGGCGGCCACGAGGGCGAACUCGGCGGCCUGCGCCAGUGCCUCGUCGCCGCUGGGCAGCGCGUCAUCGCCGUGCCAGGCCAACAACCCGGGCGCAGUGACGUCGCCGUACAUCGGCAUAAGUUAGAGGAGACCACACGGAGAGAGAACGCCCGCGCCAUCAUCAAAAAUAAUUAAUACGAGAUAAUAAUAUAAUAACGAUAUUAUGUUACUAUCGUUAUAAAUAUAACGCAUUUAUGUACGAAUAAUAAUAUUAAGUAGGCGAUGUACAAAAACGAUUUGUAUUAAUUAAGGAAUAGCAGGACUAGGUACAACUUACUUACUAUAUAGGAUGUGUCUGUGUAUGUCACGACGAUGAUACCCACCCUGUAGAGUAGGUUAGGUACCUAUACUCGAACGAUAUUUAUGGAGUGUUCAAUGAAAAUUGAUUCUUAUUUUUUCGCUAUUUUUUGAAGCGCGGCGAUUGCCGAUUUAAAGCGAUAAGAAGUAACGGGGACGCUGUGUAUCAUUUAUAUUAUGUUGUUUUACCAGUUCCUCGUAACAGAUCCACCCCCCGCCGGCCUGAUAAUUUAUAAGCUAUCAACCGCCAAUAGUGCGUGUAGACAGAUUUUUGUAAAAAUCAUUCAAAAUUACCGAUUAACGAGUACUUACCGAAAAUGUUUAUUAUUUUUAUUUAUAAACGUUUUUGGUAUAUACCUACACCUACAUAAUAUAUUAUAGUAUAUGACGUGUACAAUUUAACUUGAAUAAUUUAAGUCAAAACUCAGAACGCUGUACCUAUAAUAUUAUAAUGUUUUAAUCUAAUUGAUGAAAUAUUGAGUCGAUAAUCGUGUAGUGCAUGCAUAGGUAGGCACGGUUUUAGAAUAUAAACUAUGAUUUAUGAACACGAAAUAAUAAUAUUGUAAUACAUUUGUUUACCAACUCUAAAUAUAUUUUCCCCUUAUUAGCUGCUUUUUUUUUUAUAGAAAACCAAAGAUAUAUUUAUAGUGUUGUUAUUUGUACAGAAUCCAAAUCUUAUGUAUAUUUCUAUACAUAGCAUUAUAUUAAUCGAUCAAAUCGCGGUUUGUUUAUCAUUACUCGUGAGUUUUAAUGUUAUAAUAUGUUAUAUAUUUGAUGUACAUAUAAUUAUAAAUGUAACUAUAUUUAAUAUAAUAAUUACACUCUAUCUAAACAUUUUUCGUGACUAGCCAAUAGAUAUUGGAUUUAUGUACUUUUAAUUAGAUACCUUCAUUUAAAUUUGUAAAACAGUGGUUCUCUGUUGCUUACUUAAUUAAUUUUUAAAGACUACCUAUAUAUUAUGUACCUCCACUACUUUUAUUUUUAUUUGAACAAGGAUAACGAAUAAAGCUCAUAUUUAAUGCUCUCUCGAAACAAUUGAUCUUUUUUAACGUUGUUUUUAAUCAAAUUCUAGUCUAAUUUUAAUUUUAUUCGAAUAUAAUUAACAAAUUAUAAUUAACAUAUAUGAAUAACAAAUUUGUUAUAACCAAAAUAAUUAGGUUAUCAUAUUUUGUUCAUGUGCAACUUAUUAUCUAUAAAAUCCAAAACAAAUUUUACUCGUCUGUGAGACGAAAUAUGUGCAAUGUCUGUAUGUAUUUAUAUAUUAUUAUUAUUAUUAUUAUUAUCAAUAUUAUUAUUUUUUUUUUUAUUAUUAUUUAUACAUAUAAAAAGUAUUAUUAUGUAUCCUAUUCGAGUACUUUUUUUAAACAUAAAUCGAACACACCCUAGUCAAUAAGUGAUGCUUCAACGCACUAAUCAAUGCACUUAAGUGAUUUUGUACUUACAUAUUUUUAAAUUUUUAAAUCUUUAGACAUUUUCUAUUUAUUAAAAAUGUUUACAAAACAAUGUAAAACAUAGCAUUGUCUUUAUUAUACAUUUAUUUGUUAUUUUUGUAUUAUUUUUCUUAUUUCAAUUUAAAUGUAAUAACUAAUAAUUCUAAUAUAAUUCUCAUAUUAAUUUGUAGGCAUUUCAUGACUUCAAACAAUUGUAUUAAGAAAUUUAUUUAUUCUGUGUUAGACACUCGACCAGUUAUUAUGUUAUAUACUUACUUACCAAAGAAAACUUUUAGAAGAUCUUGAAAUUCCUUUUAAUAAAAAUAUGAUAUAUUAUUAUGAUAAAACUAUAGUGUUGAUUAAACUGUAUAUUAUGCAUAACUAAGAUGUUUGAGGUCCCUUAAGUAUGCUAUGUGACCAAAAUUGUACUUAAUAAUAAUGAAUAUAAAUUGUAAAAACAAAUUAUUAUACUUAUAAGAUAAUAAAAGAAGUCUGUUCAUAAA